CAUGAUCGGGAAUUCCCAGUGUUACGUUAUUCAUCAUGGCGGAAAGUGCCAUUUUUACUUGGGCAAAUCUGUCUCGUUCCAGGAUUCCAGGCCAAAGAGGUUUUUUUUUACAGCAGCCCUAAGUCUAGGCUAAGUCUAAGGCUUUUUGCAAGGUCCUUGUUCUAGACCUAUAUAAAUCUAUGAAUUAUUAUUUUGUUUCUGUCUUGACUUGCUUUUCUGGGUUGAACCCGAAUACAACCUUAUUUAACAGCCUGUCGUCCGUCCCGGAGGGUUUUGGUUCUUCUAGAAUCCAGAUUUAGAAUUUAGAUUCUGCUACUACGAAGAGUCAGGUUACAUUGGAGAUGUGGCGUCUUGCCAGAAAGUCUCGAGAUGUUCAUUGAGAUAAGCUGAGCUCCAUGUGAAUGUCGAGACGUUUGAGAGAUCAGAUCAGCUGUGAGAGCAAGAGUAAAGGAAGAAUAAAGACCACAAGACCACUACUGCUUUCUACACAAUGGGAAAUACUGAAAGUCGAGACUCUGAUAAACCAAGUGUUCUGCCGAGUGUUCUGCAGGCUGAGAUUGCCUCUCUCAAUCAAGGUGAUUCUUGUGAGCUGGAGAUACUUCCUAUAGCAAGCAAAGAUGUCAAUGAGGAGGAGUUUGAGCACUUCAGUUUAGACAGAUUCAGCAGGUGCCCGAAGAAAUCGGAGCAUGACCACUUCAUACCAGUUUGCGAAGUUGGCGUAGAACAUCUUCCAGUAUCUGCUAGAUGUUCAGGAAUUUUGAAACUGAUCAAACAUGUGUCAAAGAUCACGGUCAGGCUGACCAUUUGCUACACAGCGGAGGACAGACCCAAACAGUUCCGAUGUGGUGGGAUAAAAUGUGGGUCAUAUUUACGGUGUGGCACUGGCCAUGUAGAUACUGAACAUGGAUCUGUUAAUGAAGUAGCCGACUAUACAGCUGGGAUGAAUUUUGUAAUCCGGACAGCUGCUCAUGUAGUUUUCAAUGACAAAGAAGCUGAAAAGACUACAAUCGACUUUUUCUAUGAUAAUGAUUCUGAUCGUUCACAUGUUAUACGAGCAAAGGGAGUUAGGGUGCUGAGGGUGAACACAGUCAGAGAUUUUUGCGAAUUUCUCUGCAAAGUUGAGAACAAACAUGAUGGGGCCAAGGUGAUGGAAAGACUGAGUAAAACAGAAACAGAGUAUUACAACAGCUCAUGGCCUUCACCUCUGAACCUGGCAAUUUGUGUAUCCCACCCGCAUGGAACAGCCCAGAAAGUUUCCUUUGGUACUAUCAAGUCAAGUGAAGAGGAAACUUCUGAUCAGGACACUGAAAUAUUGAAGAUACUUGUUCACAGAUGUAGUGUGCUCAAGAUUGAUGUGAAGAAGGUGUUCUUUUUCUACUUCAGUGAGGUCAUCAUUGCGGCUUACUGUUUACGUAUGCUUGCUUCAUUACGACCUCAUCGCAAGGCAACUCUCCUCUCCCAUUUAGAAAGCAAAGGGUUAAUUCUCAGACCAACGGAGGAAGAAAUGCAGCUAAUUAAGCGAGAGUAUCUGCAAGAGAGGUUCCGUCGCAUGGCACAGAUGGAAGACAUUUUUAGCCAGAGAUACGGCUCUCAGAACAUAAGCCCUGAGUACAAGAAGGCACUAGUGCUGGAGAUUCUUGAUGAAAUCGUUUGUGAGUAUGCCUCAACGUUGAGUGUUCCUGAUGGAUUUUUGGACAGAUACAAAACAACAUUUAAAGAAAUUGGUUCCAAAAACGUGGAGAUAAUGUUUGGAAAACAGUUUCAGGAGAAUGACUCUUCAUUCGUGCAGUCGUUGACCUACUCCGUGCCGACUUGUCCAGGAAGCUCAGGAGCACCAGUUUGGGCAAUUGUCUUUUGUAAUCCUGGAUACAAACUUUUUAUAAUGAGUCACUCCGCAGGGGGUGGAAGUCUCGGCAAUAGAAGUGGAGCUGGAGUUUGUUAUUCAUUUUAAGCAUCAAGGAUCCUUUUUAUAUAAAUGGAUGGCUGAGUUCAAGAAACUCGUAUACAACCCCCUUUGGUCUAAAAUUUAGGGUUUUUUUUGGGGUGGGGGGUGGGGGGAGGGGGUUUGGAGGCCGCAGAUCUUCUUUCUCUGUCACAUAUCUUUUCAAUGUGAGGAUUGGACUGUAAAUAAUUUAUUUACAGUACGAUCAUCUCGUCAAAAAGAUGACAUGUGACGGAGAAAGAUCUGCAGCCUAUGGAAAGCAAAAAAGUAAAUUUUAGAAAAAUGUGGCGCACAUGUUUUUUAAAACUGAAUCAUUCAAAUAAUUGUAUGGACCAGGGACUGUGGAGUCUUUUUUUAGAAUUUGUUGGGAACAGAACGAUAUUUUUAUGUACGUCUACGAGUUCAAUUUUCAGCAUUGGAAUGAUGACUCAUGGGCUAGCGGUAAUAGAUUGACUUUGGUUGUCUAUUACAAGCGCACAGCUUAUUGAAAAUAUGGAGGCAGCCAUCAAGGGUACGCCAAAACUGAACUUUAUUCAGAAGAGUUACACAAUAGACAAGAGACCAAAGGGGACACAAUCAUGACAACUAAUAGAUUACUACUUAGAAGAUUUAUGUCCCUCUAUUCAGUAUGAUUAUUACACAGAUUGAUCGUUACUUUAUUCAAUUAGCUUUUAUUUUUCUCACUCUGUAUGUAAUUACUGCUAAGGUCAUAUUUGCUUUGAGAAUUCGCUCGUCUUCUAGUCCCUACACCAUGAGAUCCUUUUUUGGUCCUUCUUAAGUGGUGCCUUCAACUGGCCUUCUGUGCUCAUGGUGGUUUCAGUGUCACGCUGCCUGGUACUGUAUUUGUGUUAAGACUUGUUUUACUUACUUACUUACUUACUCUCUCCGUAUACCGUCAGGUACAUAAGGCGGAGAGCACUCGACGCCACGCUUGUCUGUCCCUGGCCACGUCCUACAAUUUCGGCACAUCUAGACUAGGCCGUGGGUGAUUGCCUCAUCUCUUAUUGUGCCUCUAUAGCUUCCAGUUGGUUUUCCUCGUUUUCUUUUUCCAGUUGGUUUCCAAUACCAUGUCUGAUGGGGCAAUCUUGUCUUCGGCAGUCUUAGAACAUGUCUUAGAAUAUACAUCUUCUCUUUUUUAUGGUUGUGUUGAUAUCUUCAAUUUCAGCUCUUUCCUACACUUCAUUAUCUGUAAUAAAUUUAUUUUAUUUUGUUAGUAAAAUUCUUUGUAGAAAUUUUGAUUGGAAGCUUUUUAAUAUCCGUUGAAUUUUUUUUCCCCGUAUCCCUGAACCCUACGUCAAUACAGCCAAAAUAUUGCUAUUAUAUUUUUAAAAUUUCGUCUUCAAUGAAAUGAUCUUUGAUUUCCGUAUAGUUUUUAAUUUUAAUUUCUCUAAAGCAACCCAUACAUUUUAAAGUCUUUGGUGUGUGUCGUCAAGGCAGUCUGCAGUUUUGGAUAUAAUGCUGCCAAGGUAGCCUACUUGAAUUUACUAAUUUCUGUAAGGGGUUCUCUAUAAAGAGUGAUGGGCGUAAUUUCUGAUGAUAGUUGUAGUACUUCUGUUUUAGAUACAUUUAUUAUAAGGCCAACUUUUUCUGCAGCUUUUGCUAUUUCGUUUGUUUUUGAUUUCAUUUCAUGUACUGUGAUGUUUAAUGGGCAGAUGUCACUCGCAAAAUCUAAAUCUCCUAAAUAUGUGCAAUUUGUCCAUCUAAUUCCUGUUUCAAUGUAUUUGCUCUGUCUCAUUAUAAAAUCAAUCACAAUUCCAAAAAGUACAGGUGAUAAUAACAAUGUCCAACUCAAAAUAUGAAAUGAAACAAUGUUGUAGGGAUGAUUCUAUUCGAAGUCGAAGGCGACUUUUGAUUAUAUAUAUAUAUAUGCGUCCCCCCCGUGCUUCGCAUAGUAUACUCAUGGAAUGAAUAAAAACAAAAUGGAAGUAGA